AUUCAAACUAUCUUCCUAAUCUGUGUUAUCGUUAUAAUCGCUGGUAAUCGCUUUAUCCUAAAAGGUCGUGCAGGCACACUUUUGAGAAAAGUCAGGAUUGGAGGAUUGCAGAACAUCAUAGCAGAAGUAUGUCAGCUCUAAGACGAGGCUUCGUUUCCUGCACUUGGACGAAUUCCUCUUUACCGUCCGGAUCUUCAGGAUCUACAAUAUCAGCAUCUUGUUUCAACAACCAAUCACGAUCACCUUCUAUACGCCAAUUCCGCACUUCUGCUCGUACGAAUGCAAGGGUAGGAGAGGAUGAUUUCUAUAAAAUUUUAGAGAUCGGACAAGGUGCAAAUCAAAAGGAUAUCAAACAACAAUUUUAUAAACUUAGUAAACAAUGGCAUCCUGACGUUAAUCAAGGAUCAGAAGAAAGUAAGGUAAAAUUUCAACAAGUUAGUGAAGCUUAUGCUACUUUGGGUAAUGAAUCUUCCAGAAAACAAUACGAUCGACAAAGAUCUUCUACCGGAUUUGGAGCACGACGUGGAGGAGGAGGAGCAGGGAUGCGAUACGAUAGUGAUAAUUUGCAAAGACGAGCAACGGCGAGUUAUGCAUGGGAUUAUCAAAGAAGAAAUGCAGCUAGAGCAUUUAAAAAGGCAAAUGCUUCUUCGCAAUCAGCAAGUGGACAAAGAGCUGGAAUGGGAUCUGAUAGCACAUACAGGACCCACUAUCAACAUGACGGGAAUUCAGCGGCAGAGGAUAGAUCGAUGUUUGAAAGAUUGGCUGAACAACAACGUAAACGUGAAGCAGCAAUGCAAGCAAGGUAUGAAGAGCAAAAUAGUGGAGGAGAUGGCAGAACGAGAAGGGGAGAUGCGGCUUCAUCUAUGUAUGAUCAAAGCGGUCAAACAUCUAGUCACUUGGUACGAUUUAUGCAAGUAACGGGAUUGUUUGGAUUCAUCUUUUAUUGUUCCACUUUUCUAUCCGAUGGCGGAACGAAUGGUCCUGUAGCAACACGAAAGAGGGUGAUCACGGCAGGAUCUUCAUCAUAACAAUUAGACUAUAGACUAUCAUACUGUAUUGUAUAAUGCACCGGAUCGCAAUAAAAGUCGCAUGCACGCUGAUAA